AUGCCCCCCUCGUUGCCCAGAAGGAAAGAACCCAUCACACGCACACAAAUUUUACUAAAUAAUUCUCAGCCGGAUGAUUCGGCAGCACAGAUUAGCCGAUCGCUGAGUACUUCUGCCCCGGAAGCUGUCAUAUCGUCUAUUCCAGUAGCUUUUUUGCCUAUGAAUGAGUUUCAUGAAGAAGUAUCGAGAUCAAAAAAUUCGCUAUCAGAUUCUUCCAAUGUUUCUGAAUCAUCUCGUCUGGUAAUUUCCACAUCAUCUGCAACUACAAGUCAAAACAGGAUCGAUAGGCUCUUGGCAAUUUUAGAGACCGGUCAGACAUCCCAAGUGCGUCUCAAUGCAGGAGAACAAUUAGCACAAAUCGGAACUUUGCGCUCUGAAACCAUCUCGCCGAUUUGCCAGCGCCUAAUUUCGCUAUUAUUACGCCCCAGCACGAAACCAGCCGCAAGCUCAUCAUCGGGGCCGUCAUCUUGGGAUGUGCGCGAAGCAGCUAGUGCUGCUUUGGGUUACUUUGGGCCUCUGCUAAAUACCCUUAGUAAGGUCUCUGAUUCUUCUGCAAUUAAGACAGAAUCUGAUUGUGACUUGGCCAAAAUAACGCCACCCUUCCAUCCAUUUCAGUCAGAUUGGCAGUUGACACUUGAAAGCCAUCUUUCAACGUUCGACAUUGUCGCCUUUAUCAGAGGCGGUGAGAGGUUGCUUUCAUCGGCAGGCACCGAAUAUGAUGAAGAGGAUUAUUCUGCACAAUCUCCUCUUAACGCCCGUUCAAAUCCAGAGCUCAAAAAGAAGCGGCUUGCCACGGCUAGGGAGGAGGUUCAGCGAGCCACUGGAGGAGUUCUUGGUGCAGCGAUCCCCGGAACCAGCGCUCUUCCCAUGGAUUGGAUCGAUGAAGAAGACGUUGCUAGCCCUAGUCCAUGUUCCAAACCAAAACAAAAAGGCCGAGUUUGUAAGCCUGUCUCUUUUCCAUCUGGACCGUUACCAGAACCUUCCUCACUUAUGGAUGCAAUACUACAGCUCUCGUUUGAAGGGCUGCUACAUGAUCGCUGGACAAUCCGCCAUGGUGCCGCUCUCGGGCUUGAGGCACUGCUGAUGCAGCGUCUCCCCAUUGACGAAAAAGAUGGAUUUGCAAUAUGUUGUGUCGCCUUUCGUGUCUUGCAAUUGUUGACGCUAGAAUCGUUCGCUGAUUUUGUAGGCGAGCGUACACAAGCGCCAGUGCGGGAAGCCGCUGCCUCUUUGCUUGCUACAGCUUGCACGUCGCUACAAUUUUCAUUUGAGAGAUCCACAUCUCUCAUAAACGAGGCAUUACAGAUGAUUGGUAUGCAAGUGGUAAGGAUGGCCGAUCAGACCUUGCCAUGGCAUGCCAGACAUGCCGCUUUGUUGGUAAUCAAGGCACUCAUCGUAUCUUCUGGGGGAUCGCCGAAACCUCUGCAGCCUCUAGAUGUCGUACAAAUACUCACCACUUGUCUCACAGCUCCGUGUGAGGACGACGACAUUCGCCUUGUGGCCACCGAGAUACUUUUAUGGCUUCUCGAAAAUGACGGUUCCACUCUGCUGAAAGAUACUGCUGAACCUGUUAGCGCCAUUACUUGUAAUCUGAAAGAACGACGCUUCAUUUUGGAGUCUUUGUCAUUAUCUCGACUCGCCGCUUCAAUUUCGCAACUGAUGCUUGAGAGAGCUCAUGAAGAGGAAGAUCUCUCUCCAAUUACCACUGUCGGGAUGCAACUGCUUGCAGCAUUGCUUAUCACGGAGACGUCCAAAAACCAACGUGCUAAAGAUGCCACUAAACCCUCCACUGCGAUUGAUAAGGUUGAACCAGAGGCCUUUAUCAGAGAUCCAUCCAUAGUAAACGUGCUGACUGGAGAUGCCACGGCACUGCUAAUUUAUUCACGACAUCCGCUUUCAUCUGUGCGUGCCGCAUUUCUGCGGACAAUCCGCUUGAUGCGGAUGCAAGUUCAUCCACCAUCUCUGCUAAUGGAGGCUCUUUUCCAGAGCAUGCUGUUGGAGGACGAUCCAGAAUUACUGGGAGAAACUGCCGCGCUAUGGAGUGAGAUUCUUCCAACAAUAGUUUGUGAAGAAGCCUCCAGCGAACAGCUUAUGACGGCCGUAUUGCGGAUGCGAACACUAUUACUGCACCAUCCGCUAGCACCAUUUGUACGCGCUGCUUUUCCAUGGGCAUCAAAAUCGGACCUCGGGUUUUCGCCAGCAGACAUAUCCACACUCACGGCAUCAGUCGUGGCAACUUCUGCCUCCAUGCCACGGCUGAUCAAUCGUUGGCGUGCAGCGGUGGCACUUGGCGAGCUACUCGCUGCGAUGCCUAUUAUUACGUUCGCCGAUCUUACUGAGCAACUUUUCCCAUUGCAGCCUGGGCAUGGUGCCUGGCGCACAAUGGCUUCUGCUUGGGUCCUUAUGCGUUGUGUUCGUUUUAGUAUGGAAAUGCGGCGUGAUGCCGCUAUAAUGCUUUGGCAGUUGGCGUUGUUGCCGCUCUCGACUGAUGAGAUAGUCUUCCAGGAAGAGGAAGCUGACCUUGUAGCUGCUAUUGAGCGUCAUCUCAAUCAAGUGACCACCGUUUCGCCUGGCAGCCUUAAUGCUUCAAUUCCAGGAUUGCUGGGGCGUGCGGCCGCUUUGAUCUCGCAAGAUCCUCAAUGCUUCUUCCAGCUGCAGUCGCUUGUCGAUUCUUUGCAGUCAAUGCACGAGCAACUUCGGCUACAAGUUUGGGCGAUACUUGCGACAUUGUUUUUACGGUUUCUACUGCCUAUUGAUAAUGUAGCUGUUCCAGCUAGCUUAUCUUCAUUCGCACUAAAUCCAGUAUUGCGACCCAUUGUAAGCUGGCUGCGAAGCGAAGAUGGUUCCAUCCAGAGCUUGCAGGCCUUGGCACCAAUAAAGGGAGAAGUCUCUGCAGCCUUCGCACUCUUGCUCCAUCAUCUCAUUACUGCCGACUCUCAUCUGGCUACGUAUUCAUCAGCUUCACCUGAAAUGUUGCCAAAAAACACGUCUCCGAAACUUCCAUCUGCCCAGGCAUCGAAAACUCUAUUUGCAGUAGCGCAGCCGGCCACAGCUGCAUUCAAGGCCUUAGCUAACAUGCUACUUGGGAUUGGUUCAGCAGAUAUCUUUCUCGAGACUUUCGACGGGGUUCAUUUGGAUAAUCAAGAUCAAAAAGAGGACGCCACCAAUGAUCAUGAACGAGAUAUGGAAACUUGUGUAUCUGAGGUGGAGCCACGAUUGCCAGCGCCAUUUGCUCGGGCUUUUCUUGCAUUAUCUUCGAUACUUAAACCUGUUAAUCUCGAACUUCAGUGGAUUCGUUGGCUACAGGAUGCGCUUUUCCCCCCUCAAAUCCCACUCCUCAGACGCCUACAACUUAGCUGGCUUAUUAUCAAUGCGGCUGGUUAUAACUGUACAUUAGAAGACGGAGAUAACCUAACCUUUCAUGUUGCGUCCCCUUUGGAUUCCCACUUGGAAAGUGGUAUAAAGAAGAGCUCGCCUUCAAUACGGUUGCUCUCACUCCAGAAUGACAUUCUUCUGUUUAAAGACCCAACUGAAGAAAACGAUCCUGCAGAGUUGGAGGCAAAAAUUCACUGGAGUGCUUGGGUGUUAGCAGCUACUGCCGGGAAACCAUAUCAUCAAUCCUUGAGUUUUAAUAGUUCACGCCAAUUGGAUCAUAUGCUGUUACAAGAAAUAUUGACUCCAGGAAGCCCGCUUAGUCUUGUUGAUGUAAUGAGUAGUACACAGCUGAUGAGCGAUUCAUCUACGUCGAUCCUUCGUAUACGUGGUGUCCUUGACGCCAUAAUUCGGAUUUUUUCACUUGAAAAUAAUGGAGUUGCAUCAUCCUAUGUCAAUGCUAUCCUUAUGUAUCUUCCUCUUCUUGCCCCGCCAUUGAUUCCUUUGCUCUCUCAUGCAGACGUAGGAAUCCGCUUGCGAUCCGCUCACUGCUUCGCAAUUGUAAUCCAGGGAGUGGCACUACAGGUCUCGCCAUCAAAAGAUACCACCACCCUACAAACCGCCAAUAUGAAGCCACUGUUGGAACAAAUGCGUACCGAUGCUAUUCACUUUUGCGAUCAACUUUUUCGCCCGGAAACCGUUCCGCUCUUCGAUCCUCAGAUAUGUUAUGGACCAUACCAAGGCGACCAACCUAGCAACCUGAAGAAGGGGGAUACUCUUGGUAUUGAAGAGAGUGAAAAAGAUACCGAUGGCAUUUUUAGUUGUGCCUCACAAGCCCAGCAAAAUGCCAAAAGCUUUGCUGAAUUUACACUACGACCAUAUCAACGUGAAGGUAUUUCCUGGCUUGCCUUUCUAGCACGUGCAGGGCUCCAUGGCAUCCUUUGUGACGACAUGGGUCUUGGAAAGACCAUUCAAAUGUUGACUGUGCUUGCUGCGGGCGCUGCGGGAAUAUUUUCACCCCGCGAAAAGCAACUUCCGUCACUUAUCGUUGUGCCACCAUCUCUGCUGCUCCAUUGGAAGAUGGAAUGCGAGAGAUUGACUGGCCGCUACUUGCAGCCGAUGCUUUACCACGGACCGGACCGUCGUGGACUGUUAGCGACCUUUCGCAACUGGCCUCAAGACCAUCCUGGUGAAAAUUCUCACAUAAAUGGCCCUUGUCGCGGCUUGCUUGUCAUCUCUACUUAUGACGUUGUACGCGUAGAUCCUGAGUUACUUUCCGAGAUCACUUGGGCAUGGGUUGUGUUGGAUGAAGGCCAUGCAAUCCGAAACUUUCGCUCUAAGGUCUCGGUGGCUACGAAGCAGCUCCGAGCCCUUCAUCGUGUCAUACUAACGGGAACGCCUGUGCAAAACAACUUGACCGAGCUGUGGUCACUUUUUGACUUCAUUAUGCCGGGGUUUCUUGGUAACACACAUGCUGUUUUUAUGCGGUGUUAUGGGCGUACCGUCCAGGCCGCAGCCGCUGCAAGCAAUGCAACUUCCAAAAAUGCACGCAAAGCAGUGGUACGGCGUUCUGCGGAGACGUUGGAGCUGCUCCAUCGCGCAUGUAACCCGUUCAUGCUGCGACGCAUGAAGGAAGAUGUGCUUGAUGAUCUACCGCCAAAGAUUAUCAUCGACCGCUUUGUCGAGCUCUCGCAAGAGCAACGAAAGCUUUAUGAGUUUGUGCUGCACAGAGACCGCGAAGAAGGUGUCCAUGUCUUUUCGACAAUUCGCACCCUGCUGCAGGUAUGUAAUGCACCUGCAUUGCUUAAAGGUGCCGAUGGUACUGGGCCUUCUGAAGUUACCGAUGCCGCCACUAGCAUACCGCCUAAACUUGUGGCGCUGGGUGAGCUCCUUUCGGAGAGUGGGAUUACAGGGUCCUCACCAUAUGCUCACCGGGCACUGCUUGUGUUCCAAAGCACGCGCAUGCUAGAGAUCGUAGAAGAGCAGCUACUUCGCCGUUCUUUUUCCGAAAUUACCUGGCUGCGUUUAGACGGAUCCAUUCCACCUGCACGACGAGGGAUGGUGGUGGAAAACUUUAAUGGAGACGCCUCCAUUGGCCUGCUUUUGAUGACAAUUGGCAUUGGUGGUGAGGGGCUCAACUUGACUGGUGCCGAUAUAGUGAUAUUUGUCGAAUGCGACUGGAACCCAACCAAGGACCUACAGGCGAUGGACCGUGUACAUCGGCUUGGGCAGACAAGAAGCGUCUCUGUUUACCGGCUUCUCACUCGCGGCACCAUCGAACAACGGCUUUUAUCGCUGCAGCAAUUCAAACUAAGCAUGGUCUCUUCGCUGAUCACGCAGCAAAAUGCCGCCCUCUCCAGCAUGGAUACCACCAAGUUACUCGAUAUAUUUUUGCUUGCUCCUGAAUAG